AGGGACUUGUGCAGACACAAAAGCCUGAUGGGGCUGAGCAGAUUGGUGACAGCAGCAGAAGAGCCAAAGGAGCAAGUUCCUGCUUCAUGUAUGAGGGGACUGUAGGAGACCAUUGGAACCCAUGUUGGUUUAUCCUUUUCUCUCCAUCUGACUGAAGGGCUGAAACUGUGGAGUUAAUAAACAAGAAGACUGCUCCACGGGAGACUGAUCUACAGGCUUCUGCAGCUCAUGUCAAGGAGAACACCACAUCGAUGAGGACACCUGGUAUGGCGGUAUUCAAGCAGGAGAAUGUGGAGGACUUCUAUGAAAUUGGAGAAGAACUAGGAAGUGGGCAGUUUGCUGUGGUGAAGCGUUGUAAAGAGAAGAGCACGGGAAAUGCUUAUGCUGCCAAGUUCAUCAAGAAGCGGCAGAGUCGGGUCAGCAGACGGGGUGUGAAAAGAGAGGAAAUAGAACGAGAGGUGGACAUCCUGCAGCAGAUCCAGCACCCAAACAUUGUGGAGCUGCAUGACGUCUAUGAGAACCGCACAGAUGUGGUGCUCAUCCUUGAACUGGUCUCCGGAGGAGAGCUCUUUGAUUUCCUGGCUCAGAAAGAGUCCCUCAGUGAAGAGGAGGCCACUCAGUUUAUUAAACAGAUACUAGAUGGGGUCCAGUACCUCCACUCCAAGGGGAUUGCACAUUUUGAUUUGAAGCCUGAAAACAUCAUGCUGCUGGACAGGAGCGUUCCUCUACCGCGCAUUAAACUCAUAGACUUUGGACUGGCACACAAAAUCAAACCUGGGGCCGAUUUCAAAAACAUUUUUGGCACGCCUGAAUUUGUGGCCCCAGAGAUAGUCAACUAUGAGCAGCUAGGACUGGAAGCAGACAUGUGGAGCAUUGGAGUCAUCACCUAUAUACUUUUGAGCGGCAUCUCGCCAUUCCUUGGUGAAACAAAGCAGGAAACACUAGGAAACAUCUCAGCGGUGGAUUACGACUUUGAUGAAGAGUUUUUCAGUAACACCAGCGAGCUGGCCAAGAGCUUCAUUAGGCAGCUACUGGAAAAGGACACGAGAAAAAGGAUGACUAUCCAAGAUGCCUUGAAUCACCCGUGGAUUAAGCCUCUUAAUCCCAGGCAGGCCAUGGAGAAGAGGCUUUCAGUGGUUAACUUGGAGAACUUUAAGAGGCAGUAUGCCAGACGCCGCUGGAAGCUGUCCUUUCGAAUCGUAGCCUUGUGCAAUCACUUAACGAGGAUUAUGAAGAAGGGUCAGAAGCUGCCUGAAGAGGAUAAGCGGGAUUGUGAAAGUGACCAAGAGGAGGAAAUUCUGAAGAGGAGGCCCAGGACCCGAAAGAGAAGCAGCACUUCCUGAAGCCUUGACCUAUAUAGAGGAUAAAACAGUGACUCUGCACUUUCUCCAAGGCACAGUCUGCAACCGCGUGUUUGAGUUACAACUGUUUAAAGCGACGUCAGGCCUAGUUUUUUAUUAUUUGAUAAAGUGAGCACAUAUCCCUCUGCGUGUUAAAUGGAGAAGUGCCACUUUUAAAGUGAAGCUGCUUUCUGGCAGAAGAAUAUGUACAGCAGCUAUACUGUUGACAGGAACUGUUUGUGGAUAUUCACACUUGCACAAGAACGCAGACGGCUUCCUCUCAUGACUGCAGCCUUACAAGUGCUUCAGCUGUCAUCUGUUGAUAGUCACCAUUUGGUUUUUUUAGUGUUUUUUUUUUUUUCUAUCACUGGCUACAUGUGGGCUUUUCUGUCCAAAGUAUUGAGGCUUAAAUAAAACGUUUUAGCCCACAGAGGAUGAAAAAUCAGUAACUGAUCUCUGUAACCAAAUGUUUACAUGUUUCUUGCUUCACACACAGCCCUGUCUGUGCAAAUAGAGUUUACUUUUAUCCUGCACCUCUG